AUGGGUUGGGGUGCUCCCCAGAAGUAUAAGUGGUCGAUGAGACAUCGCUCUAAUCAAUUUAGAAUUGUUUAUGGCUCUGAGUCGGUCAUUCAUGACAUCGACAACUUUGUAGUGCAACUGAGUCGGGCUGGGGUCCUUCUGCAUGAGCAUUGCAUUGGAGAUCUGGAGCACCCUUGGACUCCGGUGGCAGAUUCUCGGCCCAAGCGGCUCAAGGUUUGUGCGGUGGCCUGGUCAAGACCCCCUCUCUACAAACUGAAACUCAACACGAACGCUAGCGUCUCUGGUGCAAGAGCUGCGGGUGGAGGGCUAGUUCGCGAUCACACGGGCCGUUUGGUGUUUGCCUUCUAUAAGGAGUUUGGGGAGGUGGACACCCUCACUGUGGAGGCCCUCUCCUUAUGGCAUGGCCUUUUGCAUUGUAGGGAUAGAAAUCUUUCUGAUCUUCUCGUCGAGGUCGAUUCAGAGGCCUUGGUUCGUUUGUUGCAGUCUGGUGCUACAGCCAAAUGGCCUUUGUGCAACUCCUUGCAUUGA